AUGGCUGUCAUGGCGGGCUUGCUGAAGAAGACCACUGGCCUUGUGGGAUUGGCUGUAUGUGAGAGUCUUCCGCACGAGAGGCUAAAAAUAUUGUAUACAAAGAUUCUUGAUGUUCUUGGACAAAUCCCUAAAAAUGCAGCAUACAGAAAAUAUACAGAACAGAUUACAACUGAGAAGCUAAGUAUGGUUAAAGUGGAACCAGAUGUUAAAAAAUUAGAAGAAAAAUUAGAAGAGCAACUUAAGGGAGGCCGAAUAGAAGAGGUGAUUCUGCAGGCUGAAGAGGUGAUUCUUCAGGCAGAAAAUGAGCUAAGUCUGGCAAGAAAAAUGGUGCAAUGGAAACCAUGGGAGCCUUUAGUGGAAGAGCCUCUUGCCAACCAAUGGAAACGGCCAAUAUAAACAUCAUUAAAUGACUUGUGUGUUUAUGGGAAACUGAUGUAGUUAAAUAUUCUGUUAUAUUAAAAAUAUUUCCAUAUUAUUGACAUCUUAUAAUCAAGAAAACUGAUACAGAACAUACA